AUGAACCUGCAUCUUUCAUGCUUACUGUUCUUCCUGGUGACUUCAUUGCCUGCAGGUCACUGUGCGAUCAUCGGGAAUAACGGUAUAACCUUUCAAACAUGUGCUUCAGUCAAAGGCUAUUGUUUUUUUGGUUGUAGACUAGGAUGGGUUUGGAUUGCCUUUUGUAACAACAUAAUGUCCUGUUGUAAAAAGGACACCUCAUAUAUACUUUCUCAAAGCAAAGGUGUAUGA